AUGGCAGAUCACCAGAUCGAGCCCGUCGAUCAUCACCCUACUGACCAUUCUGCUAAUGGAGAGCGCAAAGACUCCACAAGCGGUGAUUCCGCUUCCAGCAAGACCUUGAGCUCAGGCUCUGCAGGUUGUGAUGAGAGCAAGGACCUCGCAACGGAUGAACACGAUUGCUCCGGCAGUCUCCCAUGCGAGCCCCAGAUGCUCAGCGCCCAUGUCGCGAGUGACGAGGAAGCCGCGCCAGAACCCGCAUCCACAGAUGUUGGCGGAUCUAUGCACUUCUCUAUGGACGCGCCCAAGAAAAAGAAGAAGAAGCGUAGCAAGCCUGGCAAGACCAGACGUGCCAUCACUGGAUUCGAAGAAUUCUAUGCUGACUCUCCGACCACUCCGGACGAGCAUCAGGAGAACAAGAAGCUCUAUGACCCCAUCCUCCCGUUUGCGCAGCGCAUUGAGACGUGCAUUCAGCGCUAUCGCCAGAAGCGCCGCUUCGAUAGUCCCAGAAACUUCUUGUUUGACAAGUAUCUGGCUCUGGGCGGCAUCGAGAGUGCCCAACGCAUGUUUCAAGGCCUUGACAAGAAUGACUUGAAGCAGUUGAGCGCCGAGGAGAUCCGCGAGGCUACCGCGAGAGACGUCAUCCAGCCCGGCGUUGGCGGCUCCAAAUUCUAUGACCCGGAGAAUCCUGAGCACUGGCGAGUCGACUUUGCGAUCGUCGUGAAGGGCUUCUUGUCUCGCUGGGUCCCUGAGAACUACCCUCGUAGCGAUACAAGCUUUGAAGAAGACAACAAGCAGGCAGCCGAUCUGAUUCACAACUUCCUCAAGUAUGUCCAGGCUGUCGAUGCGUGCCCGGAGUACACGUCGCAGAUUCUGGCUGCGGAAGCUAUUUGCUCUAUCGCGCCCGAUGAGCUUCGCAACGUUCGACAGCUCUACAAGGAGCUGCGCGACCCCUUCAACACCGCCGCCAAGUUUCUGUUUUGCGACGGCGGUGUCUUCGAGAUAGAGAAAGAACCCUCCAAUGAUGGCGCGGCUACGAAGACUCCACUCGCCUUCGACGAACAGGAUCCCAGCAUGGUUCCCGAGAAGCUUGACCCCUUCACUCAGCUCGUCAUCUUCCGCCUGACAGUCAUGGACGCCCUCAAAGACUCGGACCACCAGGCUGCCGACGAGGAUCCGCGCAACAUCCGCGUCGUGAGUACCAUGAAUGAGACGUACCAGGUCGUCUCCGUCAAGCGCCGCAAGAAGAGCGAGAAGAAGAUGCUCGAGAAGCUUCUCGGCCAGCAAGACCUGCAGGGCAAAGUCAAGUCAGCCGGCACCUUGAAUCUUCAACGGUCCGUCAUCGACCAUGCCUACAGCAACAUGCCGCGCCCAGAUCAGCUCGAUCUCAGCAAGGAGCCGAUCGAGGCCUUCAUAAUUGACGAUGACAUCCUCGCCAAGGUGCAGCCUGGAAUGAAGCUCCAGCUCGUCGUUUGCGAGUUGAAUAUUGGCAUCAAGUUCAUCAAGGAGGUCAAUGACGUGCGGGUCAGCUUCGAUACCCUGCUGCCGCAGAGCCUCAUGCUCACUUGGAAGGAACCUGUCGAGAGCGAUCGACCAGCCCCCUCGGUUGAUAGCCCAAGCUUGGGCAUGGGCAUUGGCGUGGAUGAUGAGACGGUACUUGACAUUUGA